GAGAAAGCUGGUUCAAGACUUUACCGGCUAAUGGGAGACGAGCGAGGAAAGGAUCCGGAGAUCAAAUCUACGCUCGAAGCCGCGCUUUCGCGCGUCCAGGAUCCCAAACAUGAGUUGGUUGAGGGUUCGAGCAGCUCCGGAAGCUCAAACAGCGCAAGUCCUGGACCACUUGCGCAGAUGGCAG